AUACGACAUAAUCUGUGGCCGGUACGACAGUGUAGUGAGCGAGCCAGUGAGGCUGCUACGAUCACAAAUAUUUUCUAAAAGUAAUUAAUUAAAUUCAUCAAAAUGUACAUCCUCUCGAGCUUAGUUAAAGAAACGAUUCCCAACUAUUUAGCUGGGUUACCAAUUCCUGACUCCUUCGGGGGCUGGUUCCGCCUUGGAGUUAAGGAUUGGCUUGCUUUAAUCCCGCCUGUAGUUGUGGUUGGAGGCAUUUCCUACUACUCUUAUGAUACCAUCAAGAAGGCCCGUGCUGCUGGCAAUGGACAAGUAAACCAGUGUGUCAGGAAGGACAUCAACAAAGUUGUGGACUUUAUUGAUAUUGAAGAUAUCACUGAGAAGGUGUCCCUGUGCCGCUGUUGGAGAAGCAAAAAUUGGCCGUACUGUGACGGUGCUCAUGGUGCCCACAACAAGGCGACGGGUGACAACACUGGCCCCGUUGUGGUCAAACACAAGGAAAACAAGUGAGCAACAAGAACAAAUGUAAAGUAACAAGGUGAUAACUAAAUGUGAUUAUAUUUAUUACAGAAAUUGUUACCAUAUUCAAAAUAUGUGUUAAAUUAUAUAAUUACAGUAAUAAUGAAAUAAUUUGCUCAUAAUAAACAUGCAAUCAAUUAAGUUUAAGUUUACUUUUGUUACUUUUUUAUGUUUUGAUGUUUUUUGCUAUCUGUUUUAGCUAUCGCUGUUAACAGCACUUGUAAUUAGUGUCUUAGAAAAAUUAAAUAAAUACAUUUUUUUGGACUGUUGUAAGAAAA